AUGCAGCAGUUCACCCAGGGUUUAGCAGCAUAUAUUCAGCUCAGGAUGUCAGGAUUUCUAAGUAGCUCCUACCGAGAAGUUUUGGAUCGUGCACUGUUUAUCGAGAUGACUCAGCAGCAGGUAAAUCAGGAGAAAGGCCAUGAUAAGCAGUCAUCACAAAAGAGAGGGAACCAAGGUCAGAGUUCACAAGCUACCACGGGAGGAUCUUCUCAGCCGCAGAAGUCAGGACGGACAUCUGAUGGAACAUCUCGUCCUCCUCAGCAUGGUUGGAAGAAAGAUAGAACGGGUUCCAAAUGUUACCAGUGUGGCUCCAAGAGCCAUACCAAAUUUCAUUACCCCUUGGAUCAUCCCAUUUGUUAUUAUUGCAAACAACCAGGGCAUGAGAGUCGGGAUUGUACGUUGAAGGCACAGUUGGAGGCUACUAAGGGUACAUCACAGGGGGGACAGCCCUCACAGACACGACCACAGAAAGGAGCACAGAAGAGUUAG